ACUCAACGUUCAAUGAACGACAACAAGCAACGCCUUGUGCUCAGCAUCAUCGACUUUCUCAACCAAUCUAUCGUCGAUGGAACGGUGAAGAGUGACGAUAAGGAGAGCUUGGAGGUUGCAAUCCAGUGCAUCGGAGAAGCAUUUGGAGUUGAUCCCGCCGACGAUACCCAAGUGAAGAAACUGUCCGUCAAACCGGCUACACUGCCUAGCAUCUUCGAUGUGUUCCUCAAAACCAAGGAUAAAGUUGGCACAACUGCGACACCUGCUGCUUCGACGUCCUCGACUUCCAAGCGGUCUGGCAGCGACAACACCAAGGCUGACGAUUACAAGGCCAAUGGCAAUAAACUGAUGUCUGAGAAGAAGUACGAUCAGGCUAUCGAUGCAUACACACAAGCGAUCUCUCUGGAUCCUACCAAUGCAGUCUACUACUCGAACAGAGCUGCCGCUUAUAGCAGCAAGGGAGACCAUCUCGCCGCAGUCGGUGAUGCUGAACAAGCCAUCGCGACCGACCCGAAGUUCGUCAAGGGUUAUCAUCGACUAGGCCACGCACAAUUCUGCUUAGAAGAUUACGAGGCGGCGGCUGAAGCUUUCGAGCGCGGGCUCAAGCUGGAACCAGGCAAUCAAGGUCUCAAAUCCUCACUCGAGAAUGCUAAAUCCCGUAUCGUUCCGUCAUCAAGCACAGGAGCCAGUUCAGCUACUCCCCGCGGUGGUGGUGGCGGCGGCGGCGGUGGACUAGCUGAUCUACUGAGUGGUUUGGGUGGUGGUGCUGGAGGUGGUGGAGGCAUGCCUGACCUGGCCAGUCUCAUGAGCAAUCCGCAAAUGAUGUCAAUGGCUCAACAAAUGAUGGCUAACGGAGGACUGGAAAACCUUAUGCGGAAUCCGAACGUGGCCAACAUGAUGAAUCGUGUUCAGAGUGGAGACAUGCCUUCAAUGGCGGAGCUUAUGGACGACCCGUCUCUCAGAGAUCUUGCCCAACAGUAUGGAGGAGACCAGAUAAAAUUAUGUAAGGAGCUACUUGUAAUGGGCGAUUAG